GGCGCAAGCCUGCACAUUCCCGCCUGCGGCCUUGUGGACAUUGCUUUAGCAGUUCUUCACAAAAAGUCUCUUCUUUGUUUUUCUGAGUGAGGUGGAAUCCUCUCCGUCCGACUUGGUCCCGAUUGCUAGCUACACAUUAGGGCCCUCGCUGGUAUAAACAACCCACCUCCUCCAUGGACCAGCAUCAAAUCAUUCCAUUGUCGAACUAGUCUCGCGCUAGACCUAACACUGUCAGACAUAUUUUGUAAUACAAUGUUCUUGUAUAAUUUGGAAGUCACGGCCUCACUAUCCGGGAGCACCACGUGCGUAGUUGAACUUUGUGGGAGUUGAAUUAGAAGCCAAGCAAACUUGGCUUCUGCGGGUUUGUCGCAGGUUGCAGUUGCUGCUAAGCUUAGGGAUCUCCUGGCAUUGCCUGUCCAGGGCAGGUUGAACAAGUUGGGCGGAGCCGACGUUGCAAGCACCCCGAAGUUGAUGACCUUCCUUAUAAGAAGGGUGUGGUGCAACGCCAUCAAGGAUCAGGAUCAUUUGGCAGAUGUCAAGGCCGUGGUGGACCAGCAGACAAACAUCACCAAGGACGACAUCUUGCGCUACCAAGAGAGCAACAAGUCGGAGAAAAAGUUCGUGAUGGACACGGAGCCAACGUCAAGGUCGUUUUAUCUGCGCCUAAAGGUGGAGAAGAAGCCGGAGGUUGGAGACAAGUCGUUCUUCAGCAUGUUUGCAUUUGCUGGAGCCGCACUCGAGACCAUCAACUACCAGUUGGCCAUGUUGAGUUCAUGUGGGCAGUGGUGGCGGAGAGGUUGAUGGGGCAGAUGGUGUUCGAGCGAGUCACAAAUGCCGGGCAGACUGGUCUGUUCUACUUCCUUACUGCCAUGCAAUUAUUCACGUAUACAUUGCUGGUGCCAAUCAAGAGCGGAGAGUCGACCAAUGCUCACAACUUUGGGCUAUUUACGGCCAAGUCAGAGCAUUAAAACGGGCAAAUUGCAAUGCUGGAAUUUUUGGAUCUAGUAGUGACGGAGGCCUCCAUCCACUCCGCCGUCUUCAAAAUGUAAGUGCUCAAAGCUUAGCCACUCAAACGUAAAGUAUACAGAUAAUUUUUGGCCAUAUGAAGAUUAGAGCUCGAGGAUUGGCGCCUUUGGAGUAGAAGCAAUUGGAGUGCAGCCACAGGAACACUUAAGUUGUAAGAUAUUGGUAGACUACAUGGUUGCGAGUUGUAGGUAGUUACACAGCUUUCUAGAUCAACGUUUGAGAAUUGCUUGAUUGGAAAGAACGGUUGGGACGAAACAUGGGCUAGGCCUUGUUUGCUGUUUUGUGAAAUUUGUGAUCGUUGCCACAACUCCAUUGUAUCACCGGAUGCAGGCUCUUGUGUCCAAUACCUUAGUACAAACAUUGCUGGUUUCCCAUUUUGUGAAAGUGGACGUGCUUGUUGCGCACGUUGGCAUCACCUUUGCUUGCAUAA